UCAACUUCGUGGCAUACUCUACACAUCGUUUGUGUAUUUAUAAUAAAAAACUAUUUAUUAAUAAAAUCAAAAUUUAAAAUGAUAUUAAUAAAAACCAAUAAAUAUAUUUGAAAUAUAAAAAUUAAAGUGAAUAAAGCAAAUCAUACAAAAAUUUUGUGAAAAAAAAAAGUGUUUUGUGAAUUUUUUAUAAUUUUUAAAUUUUCAUAUUAAAAAUAAAAUAUUUUUCAUAAUUAUAAAUAAAAAACUAAUUAUUUAUUGACAUUAUGACUAUAUGAUAUAUUUUUUUUUAAAUUGUUAAUUUUUUAAUUUGUUCAAUUGAAGUUGAGUUUAAACAGUUUUUUUUUUUGCUUUAAUGACAGGUGUUAUGUGAGUGUCUGUGGAGAGGUCAAAGUAAUGGAUUGUGAAUGGUGACAAACUGGUGGUACCUGUGGUUUGACUGUGACUUUUCGUGGAAGUAACAUCACGUCAUAAAAUCGCAGUGAGGUUUUUUCGAGCGUGGAAAAAAACAGUGGCCCAGGGUGUUGUGUGCCUGACACACCAGUGUCAUUGCUGGUAAGGUACCACAACCGGAAAUGGCAUUAAGAUGGUGGCUUCUGUUGGUGCUCUUGAUAAAUCAUGCCAGUGGUCUCCCUGAAAUUAUCAGGAUAGGGGGAUUGUUUCAUCCAUCGGACGAUAAACAAGCAGUUGCAUUUAGAUAUGCUGUUGAAAAAAUAAAUGCAAUUCGUGAUAUAUUACCUAGAUCAAGACUGAGUGCCCAAAUUGAACAAAUAUCACCUCAAGAUAGUUUUCAUGCAUCAAAAAGAGUUUGUUACUUGCUUAAUACUGGUGUUGCUGCAAUAUUUGGUCCUCAAAGUGCACAUACAGCAUCACAUGUACAGAGUAUAUGUGAUACCAUGGAAAUACCACACCUUGAAACACGUUGGGAUUAUCGACUCAGAAGAGAGAGUUGUCUUGUCAACUUAUAUCCACAUCCUUCAACAUUGUCCAAGGCUUACGUGGAUCUUGUAAAAGCUUGGGGUUGGAAAAGCUUCACAAUAAUUUACGAAAAUAACGAGGGUCUUGUAAGAUUGCAAGAGCUACUCAAGGCACAUGGACCAAGUGAAUUUCCAAUUGCAGUUAGGCAGCUUGGCGAAAGUACUGAUUACCGACCAUUGCUGAAACAAAUAAAAAAUUCAGCUGAGUCACAUAUUGUACUUGAUUGUUCGACUGAAAGAAUACAUGAAGUUUUGAAGCAGGCACAACAAAUUGGAAUGAUGAGUGAUUAUCACAGCUAUCUCAUAACAUCACUGGAUCUACACAGUGUUGAUCUGGAAGAGUUUAAAUAUGGUGGAACAAAUAUAACAGCUUUUAGAUUAUUGGAUCCGGAAAAACCAGAGAUACAAAAUACUGUUCAAGAAUGGAUAUAUGGAGAACAAAGAUAUGGACGACAGCUUGACAUGGGACAGGGUCUCAAUAAGAAUAAUACAACGGCUUUGAAGACUGAAGUGGCACUAAUGUACGAUGCAGUGCACCUAUUUUCAAAAGCACUUCAUGUACUUGACACGUCUCAACAAAUCGACAUAAAACAAUUGUCCUGUGAAUCUGCUGACACCUGGUCACAUGGUUACUCAUUGAUAAAUUACAUGAAAAUAGUGGAGAUGAAAGGACUAACGGGUUUAAUAAAAUUUGAUCAUCAAGGUUUUCGUUCAGAUUUUAUGCUUGAUAUUAUUGAAUUAAAUUCCAAAGAGGGUCUCAAAAAAAUUGGUACAUGGAAUAGCACUGAGGGUGUUAAUUUUACACGUACAUUUGGUGAUGUUUAUACACAAAUUGUUGAGAGUCUUCAGAAUAAAACAUUCAUUGUUACAACACUUCUGAGUGCACCUUAUUGUAUGUUAAAAGAUUCAAGUGAAAAGCUUCAAGGUAAUUCACAGUAUGAAGGUUACAGUGUUGAUUUGAUACAUGAAAUAUCAAAAAUACUUGGAUUUAAUUAUACAUUUCGUCUUGUACCUGAUAAAAAAUAUGGCUCGUUAAAUAAAGAAACAAAAGAAUGGGAUGGAAUGAUCAAAGAAUUACUCGAUCAAAAAGCUGAUUUAGCUAUUGGAGAUUUAACAAUUACAUAUGAGCGUGAACAAGCUGUUGAUUUUACCAUGCCAUUCAUGAAUCUAGGAAUAAGCAUACUCUACCGGAAACCCAUUAAAAAACCACCAAAUCUGUUUUCAUUUUUGAGCCCAUUGAGUUUGGACGUUUGGAUUUACAUGGCAACAGCUUACCUUGGUGUUUCAAUUCUUCUUUUUAUACUAGCAAGAUUUACACCGUACGAGUGGUACAAUUCUCGUCCAUGUGGAAAAAAUUGUGAUCACGUACAAAACCACUUCAACCUGAUCAACAGUCUCUGGUUUGCAGUUGGUUCAUUGAUGCGUCAGACCACCGAUAUUUUACCCAAGUUCAGUCCAUAUGAGUGGGAGCAUUCCCAUCCAUGCAACCCACAGUCCGAGGUCUGCGGAAACGAGUUCACACUCCUUAAUUCACUCUGGUUCACCAUAGGCUCCCUCAUGCAGCAAGGCUCUGAUAUAGCACCUAAGGCUGUUUCUACUAGAAUGGUUGCUGGAAUGUGGUGGUUUUUUACUCUUAUAAUGAUAUCAUCAUACACAGCAAAUCUUGCUGCAUUUUUAACUGUUGAAAGAAUGGAAUCACCAAUUGAAAGUGCUGAAGAUCUUGCUAAACAAACUAAAAUUAAAUAUGGUGCAUUAGCAGGUGGUAGUACAGCAUCAUUUUUUCGAGAUUCAAAUUUUUCAACAUACCAACGUAUGUGGUCUUUCAUGCAGUCAGCAAAACCAAAUGUAUUCACAAAAAGUAAUAUGGAAGGAGUCGAAUGGGUUAUCAAGAGAAAAGGUAGCUACGCAUUUCUGAUGGAAUCCACAUCUAUUGAGUACGUGAUUGAGAGAAAUUGCGAACUCACUCGAGUAGGAACAGAGUUGGAUUCAAAAGGAUAUGGAAUUGCUAUGCCACCGAACUCACCAUACAGAACGGCAAUAAGCAGUGCAAUAUUAAAACUUCAAGAAGAGGGAAAACUUCAUAUAUUAAAGACAAGAUGGUGGAAAGAAAAACGUGGUGGUGGAAAAUGUCGAGAGGACAAUCAAAAAACUGGAUCAGCAGCAAAUGAAUUGGGUCUUGCUAAUGUUGGUGGUGUAUUUGUCGUACUGAUGGGUGGAAUGGGUGUUGCCUGUGUUAUGGCAGUUUGUGAAUUCGUAUGGAAAAGCAGAAAAGUUGCUGUUGAAGAAAGGAAGGCAUCACUACGUUCAGAGAUACCAAGUGAAUUGCGGUACUCAAGAGACAAUAUUGAUGGUAUUGAAAAAUCAACAAGGACAAAUUCCUGUCAUCGUCAAAAGCAACAAUCCAAUCUGUCAAUAGUAUCAGAAGUUGGAGAGGCACCUGGUUACACAAAGUACAGACAUUUCAUUGGAAAACCACCUCUUACGUGAACACAAAAUUCAACAAAUAUAUGUUCAAACAAUGGUGAAAGUGCUCAACUCAAAUGAUAAAAUUUAUUCAAAAAAUAAAAGACUAAAUAUAUACAUAAAAUACCAAUAAACCAAGUACAUUUCCAUCAACAUUUUAGAAUCGUAUACAGUGUCAGUCAGAGUGAAAAAUUAAAAAAAAAACAACUAAAUAUAAAAUGACUCUUUUAGAAAUAGUUAUAUCAUUCUGUUUAAAAUAAAACUUUUUCUAUAAAAAACGUUGAUGUAUGAUGAGAAUAUGAGACCGAUGUUUUUUAACAUCAUUAUUGUAAAUAUUAGAUUUCGAUUUCGACAGUGUGAGAUGAUUUAAAAAAUAAAAAAUAAAAUAAAUAUACGUAUAUUAAAAUGAUGUGAGUGUGAUAAUCAAAUGAAAUACUCAUAUUUCGUAAAAAUAAAAAUACGAAUAAAUAGAUUAUCAUUUUUCACUUUGAAAAAAUUUUGAUUAUAAUUCAUGCGAUGAUAUUUAAAUUACAAAAAUCAAAAUAUAGAAAAAUAAAAAAAAACAAUUUAUCAUAAUAUAUAGAAAUAGAUUAAUUUUAAAUAUUCAAAAUCAACAAUUUCGCAUGAGGUAUAAUCAAAUGUUUUAUUGUCAGUUUAUCUUUUUUCUAAAAAAAAAAAAUAAUUUAUAAAGAUGAUAGUUAUUAUUAUUGAGCUUAAUGAUACUCAUCAUUAUCAUGUACUAAUCAAAAUAACGUACAAAUGAUAAUAAUUUUUAAGUAAAUAUUUCAAAAUUUUAAUGAAUUCAUGUACAGUAUAUUUAAUGAUAGUUGUGUGAAUAAUUAAAUUUAAAAAAUAACAACAGAUUAUCAAUAGAAAAAAAAACAUAUUAUUAUUCCCCAAAAAAAAAAAAAUUAAUCAAAAUAAAAAAAA